AUGGCUCCACCUGCAACAUCGUCGCCAUCCACACCAACCACCACUUCCAAUAAAAAGAAGGAUAAAAAGGAGGAGGAAUCAUCGGCAAAGGCACCUGGAUUUUGUUUCCGUGCAUUUACAGUGUUUGUUUGGUACCUUGGAUCAUCAAUAAUUUUUGUUGGAUUAUUCGCACUGCUUGCCUAUUAUUAUGAAAACUUUUACUCAAAGGGAAUUUUGAAUCCUUUUGAAAAGAAGUAA